UGUAGUUACCGGAAGCUUUCAAAUCGAACGUGAUUGCAAUUUUAUGUCGACAGAACUAUUUUCUCCUUGAAAGGUGGUUUGAGAACAUUUCCGGGCAGGAAGAUAUUGAAUACAGUGUUGAGUUUUUAUUUAUUAGUUUAUUCGUCAGUCCCUCUGCACGCUUGCGGCGAAGAGACCACAAAUAAGUUUUGGAAAUUUUUUUUUCGUGUCUUUUUUCUGGGCGUGACUCUAAGAAUAACAGCCGAAACACAUAACUGCUCUUUGAGAUUUACUCCUGACUGAAAUGAAUUCCUCAUCUUACUCACCCAGUUGCGAUUAUCAUCUCAAAGGUUUCGAUUUCCCGGAAUGGCGUCCAAACUUUCUUACCAACGAAAUGUCUGUUGCUCUGAUAUCGGUAACAAUCGUCAAUCUGCUCGUGUCUCCAUUAACGAUAUUUCUCAACGUUUUGGUCAUCCUUGCUGUCAAGACUACACCUCAGCUGAGAGACAAAUACAACGCUUUGCUGGCCUAUCUGGCAGGAACUGGCAUUAUGACUGGUGCAUUGGGACAACCACUCUUCAUUGCUGAACAAAUCUACCGCCUCACUGGCAGCCCCGCAUCAGAGUUUUGCGGCAUUCCAUUGGCUGCAAGACACUUCAUUGGAACUUCCCUUACGAGCUCGCUACUCCAUUUGACGUUAAUAAGCAUCGAGAGGUAUAUAUCGAUCAAGUUCCCUUUUAACUACCAUGAUAUCGUUACUAAACGUCGCUUGAUCGUAAGUGUUCUUUUAUCGUGGUCGCUGUCGGGUUUUCCCAUGAUUUUGUUCUUUUUUUAUGAGAAUGACGUUUUACGCUUUAUUCUGUCCUUGGUCACAAAAUUUCUAAGUAUUUCUAUCCUUAUUUUUUGCCGUAUAGCUACUUAUUACGAAGCUCGACAUCAAAUGCGGAAAUAUAGGGCUCAGCAAAUAUCGUCAGUGGCCUCGGCGACAUUCUUAAAUGAGAGGAAGGCUUUUAAGACUACAACAUUUGUGAUUGGAGUGGUGUUGCUGGGUUACAUACCAAUCGCACUAUUUAAAGUUGUCUUUGCACUUCUUAUAAGUUUACCCGAGACAUUUUUAGCUAUAGAGUCUUUCAUAUUAACACUUUUGUUCUGCAAUUCAGUUUUUAAUCCCGUGAUUUAUUGCGCUAGAAGCAGAGAAUAUCGACGAGCUUUCAAGAAACUUUUACGCCGAGCAAACUAUGUACAACCAGUUUAAACUGUAUUACUAAUACGAGAGCUGUUACGUAACAUAAGCAGAUUAAAACGACUAGGUAAAGAAAGCAGGUGCAGAUAACAGGACUUGAUAUAUUUGACCCUUACACCUGGUGUGUUUACAAAAGUUCCGUGGAUGUUUUCGUCGAGGAUUUGUUUUUGUUCUGUUUACAAAGCGAAGGAAAACCUCCAAGGCUGUGGGGAUGCCUUCUUUGAUAUCUUUAGAUUUAAACUGAGAAGACAAAGAAGCAAACUUAAGGAGUGAAUGAACGGCUAAGAAAUGAACAGCCAAACGAGUGCAAAGCAAACGAACGUCCGAACACAACGCAACCGAACAAAUAGAGGGUCGAAGCUCCCAAACACCAAAAAGGAAAUCAAGCAAAGACGGCGGCAACACCAAAGACAACGUGGAAUAAAAAACUACUUUAUAUCCAACCUGCGAAUCUCGCAAGAAUUUAGAUUCAUUCUGUUUGCCUAUCGUUGUUAAACUUAGAGCUACUCCAAACAGAAUAUGACUAAGGAUUCGGAGGGGGUCUUAGGUCUUGGUUUUUGAGAUUCGGAGGGGGUCUUAGGACUUAGUUUUUAAGAUUCGGAGGGAGUCUCAGGUCUUAGUUUUUGAGAUUCGGAGGGGUUCUUAGGUCUUAGUUUUUGAGAUUCCGAGGGGGUCUUAGGUCUUUCUCAAAGUCAAGGAAAAGUAGAAGUCCGGGAAUUUUUUUUUGCAGCGGUGUAAUCAAUAACGCUGUCAAUUAGACUAAUGUUCUCUCCUAUAAACCGUCCUUUCAAAAAACCAGUCUGGUCAUUGUGUCGUAGGUCUUAGUUUUUGAGAAUCGGAGGUGGUCUUAGGUCUUAGUUUUUGAGAUUCGGAGGGUGUCUUAGGUCUCAGUCUUUGAGAUUCGGAGGGGGUUUUAGGUCUUAGUAUUUAAGAUUUGGAGGGGGUCUUAAGUCUUAGUUUUUGAAAUUUGAAGGGGGUCUUAGGUCUUAGUUUUUGAGAUUCAGAGGAUGUCUUAGGUCUUGG